AUGGACAGAAAUAAAGAAGAAAAUAAUUUAGUUAAAAGCGAUUACAACAGAAUAAAUUUUGAUUUUGACUUCGACAUAGACGUUUCUGGCGCCAAUGUAAAUAAUACAGAUUAUGAAAGUGAAGCCAAUAAGAUCCUUUCUAAGUAAGAAUAAUAGAUAGCUUAAAACAAUUCUAGCAGACACAGCAGAAAAUAACUGACUAAAAACGAAAGGGAAGUGAUUUCUGAAAUCUUUAAAAGCUAAACUGAUAAAGAUAUUUAUAGCAUAUGCGAAAGCGUAAUUACUAAAAAUAAGGGAUAAGAUAACAAAACUUUUGUUUUAAGUAUCUUGAGUUUUCUUGAUUAAAUAGGUCUUUUUGGUAAUUCUAACAUGAUUUCUGAUGUGGAGAUUGAUUAUAAUUAAUAUUUUUAAUUUGUUCAAACAAAAUAUAACUAAAAGUUGGAGAAUGCUAAAAGCAAUGUGCCUUAAUAUGUCAAGGCCUUUUACGAAUAUCUCCUUACAUAUUAUUGA